AUGGAAAGGAAAGGGAAAUGGCCGGAUCCGGAGGAUGAAGGCUGGAAUAGGGACUUCAUCCUCGAGCGCUUGAGUUACCUGAAGGAAAGCGCUCGAGCGAUCGAGAGUGUUACAUCCAGAAGCAAGAGGAUGAGUAGGACCGAGAAGGAAGAAAUAGGGAAGAGGAAGGAAGAGUUGCAAAGAUAUGGCGAGGACAUGGCUAAAACCUUUGGGACUAGGACGGUAUAUUUGGAAAAAUAUGUUAUGACGCUGGAGAAGUGGGUGGAUGAAGGUGUGGAGUUGGAAAGGAGGAACAACAAGGAGAUAGUAGAGUGGCAGGAGAGGGGUGAAAAGUGGGAGUUGGAGCGGAAGAAAUGGAAAGAGAAGGAGCUUAAGUGGAAUAGGGAUAGGGAGGCAUGGAACAAGGAAAGGAGAGGCUGGAUGCUAAAAAAAGAGGAUUUAGGAAAAUGUAUGGCGGAGGUGGUGAAGAUGUGCGGUGAGAACCGCCCUGUUCGCGCCGCGAAGACGGAAGACCGGGCCGUAUCCCCCUUCCCGGAGGUACGACCCGAGGCGAGGGACAGGGCGACGUCCCCGUUACGGGAGGUUGUUGCCGGGGUGCCGCCGGCUGGACGGAGGCCGGUUGCGUCCGCCGCGCCCGCUGCGGUCCCUUCGAAUUCUCGGAGUUGA